AUGGCUUUCCUCAAGUUCAGGCUGGAAAACACUAGUGAACGCUCCGCCCCAGUCCCAAUAGCUGCUGCUGUGUCCCAACCGUCCUCCAGGCGGCAAAAGGGCGAUGUGCAGCACGAUUCACCCAGGAGAUUUCGCGGCCAAGCAUCUUCUAAUGAGAGACUACCUAUUACGCCUUCAGCAAGUCAUGCAGGGAAAAUUCGCGAACAUGACCUGGGCGCUCCUAGAGUUGAUCUUACGGCUCGUUGUAGCAGAAGACAAUGGCGCCAAUUACGGCGCGGAUCCGCCUGUAUUGAGUGCAAAAUCUCCAAAACUAGGUGCGAAAAGUCUCCUACUACAGCCAAGGAUAAAUGCCGCCGGUGCCUGCGGCAGAAUAAGGAGUGUAUUGGGUAUAAUUCAGCCCGACCAUCUCCUGUCGAGCAUUCGGGGAAAGGCUCUGACGGUCCGUCUGAAGAAGGGGCUCUUGGCAUUGAUUUCAACUCGGAGACGGACCCAUCUACGGCCUUUUCGGUGGGAUUUACCGAAACCAAUCUACCUUCUAGUCCAUCAUCUCGCAUUUGGACCAAGCAGCUUGACAAUAAGAUUGACUCUAUCCUUACUCCUGAGAUAGCUGAACAAGUAUUUAUUCAGUAUGUAACAAAAUUUGCUCCGAAAUGCCCCAUUGUCGUGUUUCCGCCCGGGACAACGCCUGUGCAUGUGCGAAAUGCCAAGCCUUUGCUGUUUCUAUCCAUACUUAGCGUUGCCUGUGCUGGAUACUGCCCGCUUGCUAAGCAGAGAGAAUUGGCACUCGAAGUCAGAGGUUGUUUAGCAGACACUGCUAUUGUUCGAGGUGAGAAAUCGCUCGAACUUGUUCAAGCGCUCCAGGUCGUGUCGUUCUGGUAUAGAGCACCUGAUACCUACACACAAAUGAUUCAGAAUCAGCUGGCUUCCAUCUCCACAACUAUGGCUAUGGAUCUUGGACUGGACAAUCUCAGACUGGCUAGUAGUGCUCAAGACAAAUGGAGUCGUGUGGAGGCGCAGCGAGCCUGGCUUAGCUGUUUUCUUCUAUCCGCAAGUCUUUCUUUGAUUUUGAGACGUCCCAAUCCAACCCCCUGUUUCGCAAAGCUCGACGACUACAUUUUCGACUUGCAACGAGACAAUGCAUCACCUACAGAUGCCUUCCUUUGCAAGCUUGUAACAACGGAGCUUCUUUGUCAUAUUAUAGAUCAAGAGCUAUGCUUGAGCAAUCCUGUUAAAGCAGUAUCUGCGCCAAGUCCGAAGACAAUGUCGAUAAUUCAAACCAUUCAGACUCGAAUCGACUGGCUAGCUCUCGGCCAAUUUCAUCAUUUGGAAAGAUCUCUUUUUGAAUUCGGCAGGCUUGCCAGCUCACUGUACAUGCAUGAGCUGGCUUUACACGUCAACAACAACAUCGACGAGUUCAAGGCCCCCUUUUCUGCGAAGUCUUUGAAGACUUGUAGCUUCAUUGACAUGCAAGGUUCCUCUAAUCUGUCAAUGAUCCGCGCUAUAAUAAUGGCGUCACAAGGACUGCUGGAUAUUUUCCUUGAGUUCUCCGUUUCCGAAAUGCUUACUUUACCACCUCAUAUUUAUGGUGGUCGCGUGAUAUACGCAGUCAUACUACUGAUGAAGAUACACAAAGCAAUCACGACAUUCGAAAAAGGAGUUAGCGACUUUAUUCAUGCUGACAAGUUGCGCCUGGAAGCGUACCUUGAGCAGCUGGUCGUCACUUCAAAGUGCCUCAUAACGGAGGACGAACGCAGUGCUUUGAGUAGAGCAUUCCUGAUCAUGCCUCAACUGAUAGAGCAGUUCAAAAGGCCAUCUAAAGCAGAUAAAGAUCCAACAAUGAGCAGCAUUCCAACCAAGACCGGCAACGGGCAAUUGAACACUGCUUCUCCGAUACCAGCGGUGGCUCCCAGCGGCUCCUCUACUGCUAUUCAGGCGCCAGAAAAUAAGUCAACUCCAGGCAAUUCUAGACCGCUUGAUGGACCUGUGUGCCAAUUGGAUGAGCUUAUCCAACCUGCUAUACCUCCGUUCCAUCCUGUCACGCACAGUGAGGAUACUAGCUUUGGAAUAUCUGGACCUGCAGUGGCAUCUGAUACUUGGUUCUGGGAAUUCUUCAACAUUGACAUGCUUGAUUAG